AUGGUCUACACCAUCGUCGUCCACAUGAGGGCCAAGCCCGACCAGGAGAGCAUCUCCAAGCUCUCCGCCAAGCUCGAGGAAGCGUCGGCCGUGUACUCCAAGGACAAGGAGACACUCUCCUGGCACGUCAUGCAGUCCGUCCACGACCCGCAGGACUUUUGCAUUGUCGAGCGCUACCUCAACGAGGGCUCGCAGACUUACCACCUGAAUAACCCUUACUGGAAGACGUUCGACCCUUAUGUUAUUCCGCUGUUGGAGAAGGAGAUGGAUCUUCGGCGUUUUGAGGAGCUCGAGAAGAAGAGUGAAUAG